AUGGUGGCUGUGCGGGGAAGGGACAUGGAAGAUACCUUGUUCAGACCGGCGGUAGCGACAGAGAUGUCAGUGGGUCGCAUCGAACGCCUAGAAUUGAGUGUGCCCCUCCCGAAGACUGAAGCAAUUGUGUUCGGGGGACCUGGAUGGACGCUACCUGAGGACUUAACUAUAGCUGUUGCAGGGAGAGCAGAGGCCAUAGCGCGCGGGGAACGCCUCUACCCAGAAGAGGCGGAGAGAGAGCAACGACAGGCUGUCGAGAGACUGAAGGACCGCUGGAAGAAUGACCUGGAGGACUCCUCCUAUGGAGUCCGCAGUAUAGGGGCUCUCCUCCCGUCAUUUGACCAGUGGCUCUAUAGAGAACACGGGGUGCCCAGCUACAUGUUGACGCAGGUAAUGACCGGACACGGUUGCUUCGGUCAUUACCUGCAUGAAAUUAAGAGGGAGCCAACGACAAUCUGCCACGAAUGUGGAUACGAGGACGACACGGCCCAGCACACACUUGAAUCGUGCAGGCGAUGGGCUGUGGAACACCAAAACAUGGUGGUGGCCGCGGAAAUCACGAGUGGGGACCUCUCGCUGCACAACGUCAUGUCGGCCAUGUUGCGCAGCAAGAGGACAUGGAAGGAAGUUGAGGCCUUUUGCGAAACUGUGAUUUUCCAAAAGGAAGCAGCGGAGCGGUUGCGCGAAGAUAGUGCAGAUGCGCCACCGCUCCGGCGUAGGCGGAGAGGGAGGAGACGUAGGCAAUAUGCCCUAGCCAACAGCUAG